UUGAAACUAUAGACGCAGAAGAAGACUCAGGAGCUUGCCCUGGCAACGACUGACGCUAAUGUGGCUACUGAGUAUCCGCAACAUUUGAUUUUAUAAUGCAAAUAUUAAUUUGGUUUCAUAAAACUACUAAAUAAAAUGAAAAAAUCGUAUGGUGGAUUUGAUAAUAUUAGCUCUGUUGGGUAAUAGCAGCCUUACAUGUUUUUAGCUUAGCAGCUAGCAACAUAGGCUACGAUGCCACCGAGAAAAUAGAAAUAUAUUGGCUGCUGUUUAUAAACAGCUCAUUGAAAGCUUCGUGAAGAUUUACAAAACUGUAGCGACGCUGUUCUUUUUAGAAUGUGGAAACGAGGUGGUCGGAGUUCGGCCCUCGACCGAGCUGAAGCUGUGCUGUCUGCUAAGAAGAGCAGCACAGGAGCCACAGAACCAACUCGUAGGUCUGUGGCCAUCGCACCGGAACUUACAAGAUUUAAGGGUGGUUCUACUAAGGUCAGAUCUGCUCCUCCAAAUGCUCAAACCCUACUCUCAGAUUUAAGUGACCUGUCCUCAGUCAGUCUGAGUCCCAGAAGUAGAGUUGAUGUCACUUUUCCUGGAGGGGUUCAGAGAACCGCAGAUUUUCCUGCAAAGGGCUCCAGACCUCAAAGUUCUCAAGAAGGAAAAGAAGGCUUAGGAGGAAGGAGCAGGUUUUUGAAAAAGGUUCCACCAUCUUCAAGCUACAGCCGUGGGGCCACCUUUAGUAAAGGCCAAACACAUCCAGAAGAUCCAAGCAAUGUGCCCUCGUCUCGUCACAGCUCUCAGACUGCAGUUAUCAGUAGGCUAGCUCAGAUUGAAAGCCGCAUUCACAGUCGUCAGCAGACCCAGAAACAAGCUACAUCAGAAAUCGUGACCAUACCAUCACCACCAAAAGUUGAAGAAAGGCCAGUCUCAGCACUGUCCAGCAGUGAUGAGGGUCAGAAAGGGAAGCGGUUUCUAAAGAACAGGACAGCUGUGGCAAACGUUGUUGCUGUGGGUUCUCCUCCAGGCUCAUCAUUUGGUACUGGGCAACCAAAAACUGCUGAUGUAGUUACUUCAGCCAUGUUGGAGAAGAAGCCACCAAAGGUAGUAAGCGGUGUGUGUUUGGAGAGUGAUGAAGAGGACAUGAGGAAACUGCUUGGAGAAUGUGUGGAUUCAGGAGAUGAAAGUCUGAUUGGUCCAGGAAGAUUGUCUUCUGUGAGAACUAUGGCUAAGGAAUUGAAGACCAGACCACCUCCGGCCCCUUCACCACCUUCUAAUGCAGCACCACCUCGCUCUCCGACUUCUUCCACAUCCCGUGGAUCCCCCUAUCGAUUCACUGGGAACGUUCAGGCCCAUUUCAGCCCCACUGCUCUCUCUCCUUCCCCUUCUCCCCCCCCUGUAUCUCCAUCACGACCAAACUAUAUAGAAAGAGCAGAUAGUACCCCGUGUUCCCGCUUAUCAUCAUCAUCAGGCAGAAACGAGGUGCUCUCUUUGGAGGAGCUUUUUCCUGUUGAAGAUCCACAUAGCGACAGGAGCUCUGUUUCUUCUCCAGACUUUAAGAUGAAUGUGAUGACAAUAGACGACCUUAUCCCUGCUGCCUUCACUGAGGAAACACAGAGAGAGAAGCAGAGAGAAGUCAAGCCCAGUUUUUCUGAUCCUGCAUCUCUAAGAAAAGAUCAACCUCUGCUUAGACUCGGAGAUGAAGAGGAGAAGAAUGAAGAUGAGUCGCUAAAAAGCAAAAGUGAUGCUCAGAGUGAGAUCAAGACCGAGACGGUUAACAGUGCCAGAGAGGUUUCAGAGAGUUUGCUUGAAGAUGAAGAGGAGGUGAUGUCGGGAGCUGGAAAGGAAGCCUGGAAAUCAGACCCUCGCAGCGAGAGCGUGGAAUAUGAUUAUUCCAGCUGUUUCACAGAUGCAACCUCACAGAUUUCAGAGCAGAGUCGAACAUCAGAGUCUUUCAGGAAAAGCCGGGACUCCAGAUCCUCUAUGUCACACAGUGGCCAGGUUUUUGGUCAGCAAAAGAGGAGGUCUGCUCCAAAAGACAGAAAAAAUGUGAAAGAGGCUGCAGUUCAAACACAGCUUGAUGGCACACGCUAUGCGUGGUCAAAUGGAACAACUAUAUUUGAUCCUCCACCAGCCAUGACCUACAGCCCUCUGGCUGCUUAUACUCUCAGUGCAGACAGAGUGGAAGCUCUCAGCACCUUCAGUCCAGCUGCAUUUGCACUCAACGAAGUCCUGAAACAGCAUCUUGCCAUGACUAGACGCUUUAUUGAAAGUGCCCGACGCCUUCACUCCAGCCGUGUGCAGAGUCUGGAACCACCAAACUACAGAUACACAACGUUGGAGGACACAAAAGAGUUCAUCCGAAAGCAGAGAGCUUCCAGGCUGAUGGUGGAUUAAAGGUGUUCCACAGGAAAUGAGAGGCCACUUUUUGUUAUCACUGACCACAGUGGAACCAAAUGACCAAACCUCAAUGUGCCAAGACCGCAACCAGAGACAGCACAAACCAGGAAUGUGCCUUUGGAAUUUUUAUGCCCAAAUGAUUGGUUAUAUUUAUACACAUUUAUUUUGUAUGCUUUUUUUUUACUGUUUUUAAAUACAAAUUAAAAUAUUUUUGUCCUA